AUGGCAUCCCGAUUUCCUCCAUCAUCCGGGUUCAACUCCCGCGACCGCUCCCCCCAGCGCUUUGGGGAUCGCCGCCCGCCUGCCGCCCGGGGUCUCGACGAUGGCAGUCCUUCAUUUGGCAGAGAACCCCCGCGUGGCCCCCGUGCUCUAGUCGAUUCACCGCGAGGUGGCCCCUAUGGCGGUGGCCGAGGCCGUGGUUAUGGACGCGGCGACUUUAGAGACCGGGACCGCGACCUCCGAGACCGAGACCGUGACCGUGAUCGUGACUUUCGGGAUACUCGCGAUGCCCCCCCAUUUCGACGGGAUCUGGACCGUGACUGGGUUCGCCGAGACCGCGAUUUUGACCCCCGCGACAACAGGGGUGGCUUUGGACGAGGCCGCUCCCGCUCGCCCACCCGCGACUUUCGCGACUUAAGAGAACCUCCCGGCCGGGAUUUCGACCUUGUGCGCAUGCGACGCAAUUCCCGCGACAGCCUUCUCUCAGCUUCCUCAGGCGGCCCCGAUGGACCCCCACCCAGUGUCAGUCACCGAGGCGGUGGCUCAAUGCGUGGACGCGGGCGUGGGGAUUGGGACGGAGGCCGAGGUCGGGGGCGCCCUCCCUAUCAUGAUGAUCGUGAGCUGUUCCGGCGACGCAGCCGCUCCCGGGAUACCUGGCGCGAACGUGGAAGGGAUCGGCUGCCUGAUCGGAUGCCCGACCGAAUGUCUGAUCGUGAUCGAGACCGAGACGUGGACCGGGACCGCCCCUCUGCCAUGGUCGACCGUAUCGCAGACCGAGACCGCGAUCGAGAUAUGCGUGAUCGAGACCGAGACCGAGACGUCGACCGACGAGACCGUUUCGACCGUCGAGAGGAAUGGGAUGUGCGGCGACCUGAACGUGAUGAUCGAGACCGGCCACCAGAGUCGUGGAAGAGAGGCGACCGACCUCCUAGCCGAGCGGAUAAUCGUGGCUCAGUAGGCCCGGCCUCGUCUAUCCAGCAUUCUGCGUCGUUAGCCGCCCCUGCGUCUGCACCCGCGCCCGAUCGUUUGCUGGAGCAGCCACCCUCAGACCAGAACCGCAAGGGAUCUAUUUUCUCAGGUUUAUCUGGACCCGAUGUUCGACGUGAUAGCGAGCGCUCAGAGGCCCCUCUCCGACCAGAACCGUCCAAGGAACCGCCAGUACAGGCUGCUCAAAAUUCACCUCCACCGUCAGCUCCACAAGUCCCUGCGUUUGGCUCUGUCCCUACUCCAAUUCCGACAUUUUCUACGGCCAAAGGAACCUCCGAAGGGCGCACGGGUCAUGAUGCACCGGCGCCGGCAGAGAAAGACCGUCCUGCACCCUCAGUACAACCUCCGACAGGUUCCAAGGCAGAUCGCCGCGAUCUGUCUCAGCAAUCAGACACAGGUCACCACCAGGAGGAGCCAGUUCGAGCCGCAAGAACAUCCGCACAAUUAUCCGAACAAUCUCCGCCAACUGCUCCCGCUGCUAUGGCCAAGCGAGACUCGGUCUCUGCGUCCACUGAGCCACACGCCCCUCCCAAAUCCAGCGCUUUGAAUUCUUCUCCAACCCUUACACGACUUCCGCUGCCAGCCCCACCGCCGCUUUCUAAAGAACCAUCUACCUCACCUCGACUGUCAUCAUCAAACAUCCCCACGGCCCCGCGAGCAUAUCAACAUCGACAAGAACAACUACAAGCUCUAUCGCCACGGGGUCCCAACAAAGGCAAUAAACCAUGGGUUCGUCGCAGUUUCAGCCGUGGUCCAUCUACCCCAAAUGCGCCGCCUCAGAAGGAAAGCGAGGAGCGUGAUGGCUUUCCUCUAGCAGAGGAGGAGAAAUCUCAGCGCGAAAUCGGGGCUGCGACCCCCGAAUUCGCAGAACGGCCAGAAAAGGCCAACCCUCCUUCUGCCGUAGAGCUUGUCAAACACCGUUCUCCGACAUCGCCCUCUAUGAGACUACCCAUUCGUAGUAGCCCACCGCCCGUGCCGACUGUCGAGGAAGGACCUGGGAGUGAGCCGGAACAACCGAAGAUGGAGGAUUCGGCGAUCAUUCCUGACUUCGGGCAAUCAACAGACGAGGAAGAAGAAAAUGUUGUCUUUAAUCAAGAAUACCUAGAGGAGCGGAAGCGGAUUUUUGAGAAGGAUAUGCAAUCUCUUCGAGCCGAGCUGCCUCUGUCGCCUUUGGAAGACCCGGACCUUCAAUCUCUAUUGCUCCGAAUUCAGCUUCUCGGCAAGAUAGCCCAAGAGCAGAUGCCAGAGCAACAUUUCGAACCGCUUCCAUCGGUGGAGGAUGAAGAACCCCCGACCAUCGCCACGAGCACAGCGUCAAACAAUGAGCGAGUGGUGUCCUUCGCCCCGACAGCCCCGACACAGGAGCCGGAAGCGGUUUCGCAAACAUUCGUCCCGCCAGUUGUACUUCAUGACGAGAUCACCAUCGAUAGCUUGCCCUUCCUGAACUCAGGUCCUCCAACUCCUAUCUCGGACCUCGAGGUAUCUCACGAUAAUGCGGCUCAGCUCGAUAAUUUCAAGGACAUUUUUCGCAGCGAGCUUUCCAAAAGAAAGAAAGAGAUUGCGACGAAGAACGCCGGUUUGAGGGAGGAGUACAUGUCCUACUACAAGCCCUGGCGGCUUACAGUAUGGGAGCUGGAUCGCAAGAAAGACAAGAAGCCCAUGACGCCGGGCCCAGCGUCACCGCCGGCACCCACCCUCCCACCUUCCCCUGCACCCGUCCCAGAAGUGCGAGAAGGACGUCGAUACAAGGGCAAUAGCGAACUGGAUUUCCUCAAUGCACUGAAAGCCUCCGAAAUCUCCGCCCAAGAAGAACUGGAGCGGCGAAGAACCAAAAUGGCGACUGCCCGCCCUGAUCUGUCUCGGGAGGCUAUCAUUCCCGACAUGUUAGAACCGCAGGAGAAGAAGGCCUGCAUAUACAAGGAUGUCAACAACACAAUUGAUCCCAACCAGGCUAUGGAUGUGUUUGGCUUUUUCCUGCCGCCUAACGACUUCACCAAGGAGGAGCACGGCAUGUUUACGGACGCCUUUAUGGCACAUCCCAAGAGAUGGGGUAAAAUCGCCGAGUCAUUACCCGGCCGAGAUUUCCGGCAGUGUAUUGUCCAUUACUAUCUCACCAAAGAAGAGAUUAAGUACAAGGCAAAACUCAAUAAGAGAUGGAGUCGUCGUGGGAGAGGAAAGACCAGAUCUUCCCGCCCCAAGUCUAAUGCGCUUAUUGCUGAUCUAGGAGUAGUCAAACCAGACCUCGAAGGUGAAGACGAAAUGCCUCAAAUCACCGAAACAGGACGUCCGCGUAGAGCUGCGGCGCCUACUUUUGGUGAUUCGAACGAUCCCGAAGGCAGCACGCCUACCCGCCGGGGCCAGUCUACAAAGGAUGGCGAGGUCAUCGAAAAGUCUUCAACCAGCCGACGUGGUGGACGUGGAGGAGCGCGUGCGCAAAGACGCACCAAGACCACCGCCCAGCAAGACCCCAAGACCCAGGGCCAACCUGCGAGCAACAUUCCUCUCGCGGCCCCGCCGAGAAUCGAAGUGGGUGCUGAUGGGCUCAUCGAAAACUCCCUAGGAGCCUUGCCCCAGGACGGGGAAGCGGUCACAAAGGACAUGGCCCUCCCUGCCAGUCGGUCGAGACCUGGGCGUGGCAGAGCCAAAGAUGGCAUGUAUGUCUUCGAAUCUACCGAAACAGAACCUGUCAUGGCCCCCAAACAAGCCGAAACGGGCUAUGGCUCCUUGCAACCGACCAGCUACUGGUCUGUUCCCGAGCAACGCGAUUUUCCCCGACUGCUGGCACAUUUUGGUCGUGACUUUGAAGGCAUUUCGAAUUUUAUGAAGACUAAGACAACCGUGAUGGUGAAAAACUACUUUCAGCGCCGCCUGGAUUCGGGACAGAAGGAUUUCGAAGAAAUACUUCUAAUCGCAGAGGACAAGAAAGCCCGGGGAGAAGCCACCGGACCUCUUCCUGUGCCCAGUGUUGCUCCGAAGCGACGGUAUGAGGCGACACCAUCCGCUAUCGUUCCUCGUCCCUUGGCUCCUCACGGUGAACUCAUGACCGAGGCGGACGAGACACGUUACAACCUUAAAGGCAAACCCCUGGCGAUGUCCCCGCAGCCAGUUUCACUCCAUGGACAUCCUCUUCCAGAAGCCGAACGUGGCCCAGGUCGCUAUCCGACGCUCGCUCAAGCCUCCGCUGCGGCGGCGGUACCUCCAGUCGCCGCUACCCUUGGUGAUGAUGCUUCCCGUGCUAUGCGAGCCCAGGCAGGACCCCCGUCUCGCAUUCAAGGUCCGCGUUUGGGUUACUUCACAGAGGAACGAAGAGACUCGAGCCUGCUCCCGCAUUCCUCAUCACGGGCUCAAGAUAUCCCUCCCCACCCGGCGGACUUGGCUCGAAUGGACCCUUUGGCCCAACCUGCGUAUAUGUCUACGCAGGCUCCGACCCUUCUUCCCUCCACACAUUCUCGCCAUCCCAGCCUGACUCAGACUCCUGCAUCGCCAACGCAGUUAUCAAGGCCGGACAUCGAUGUCCCUUCGACGCACCGCGAUCCCUUUGGUCAGAGGGGGUAUUAUCCACUGUCGAAUCACACAGUGGGAAUAUCCCACUCUCCUCGGCCUGUCUUGUCUCCUGUUAAAGAUAUUCCACGGGCAAGUGCUACACCGGCUCCCGAGGCUCCUCGUCAAGUUCCGGCGAAGCGGUCCAAUAUCAUGAGUAUCCUGAAUGACGAGCCCGAGGAUCCUCAGCCACGAAAGCGAUUCGCUAGCGAAGCGCCCUCUGCUCCGAUUUCUGUUUCGACUUCAACAUCUAGAUCUGCCUACCCAGGCACAGGCACAACUCGCUCGGAGGAAGUCGUCAAGCCUGCGGGUUAUGGCCAGCAAGGACAAUAUGCGCCGCAUUCGCGUGGCUAUGCAGAGUAUCCUGGCUAUGGACCUCCCCCGGCUGGCGGGUCAGCUACGUCCGCGAACAAUGACUGGAUGGCACGGUUCGAUCCCCGGGCCCCUCAAGCUGGACCACCACAGGCGGGGCCGCCGCCGCCGCCAAGCAGUCGCCCUGCCCCAUCCGUGGCAGCUCAAAGUCCCUUCUCGCCCUAUGGUUCUGCACCAUCCCAGCCGCCGGGGUCAUUGAACAACAUUCCUGCUCCUUCUCCUGCGCCGACACCACCUCCUGCUGCCUCCCAAAGAUCUGCGUACCCGAAUGUCUUCUCACAGCCACCCUCGGGCCAGCCAGCCGCCAGCGUUCGUGAUAUGCCAUCCCAGCCCUCGGCAUAUCGGGCUGUUUCUCCUCCGCCGCGGGCAAGCAGCGCGGCCUUUGGUUCCCGGCAAGAACCUCCACCGCCAGCCCAAUCGUCACCUGGUCUCUUUGGUCUACCACCUCGCCAGAAUGGCUCUCAGUCCGCAUAUGUUUCGGGUGCAGCUUCCACGCCAGCAUCGGCCCAGCCUCAUAGCCAAAGCUACCAGCAACAUGUUCAGACUCUGGUAAGUGGGUCUCACCGCUCGACCCCGGUCAGCAUGCCUGGAGUUCCUCCACAGUAUGGGCACAGCACUCCGCCCCCACAAGCGCAAGGCGGUCGCUCCAUGCCAUCGCUGACUAGUACGCUGGGACGUUCGUACACUCCUCCAUCCGCCUUACAUCCCUCGGUAGGCAGCAGCGGCAUGGCCUACGCACCACCGCCACCAUCAACACCAGGAGCAAUGCCACCACUUCAGCAACGGCCCCCGGGGCCAGGUUCGCUGGCAGAUCCUGCACCGCCGUCUGCUCAUCACCGCGUGUACAGUCAAGGUUCGACGCAGGGUGGAUUGCCAGGCCCAUUGCAUCCGCCGUCGCAACCUCCUCGCUAA